AGGAAAGUUGCUGAGCAAAUUUUUGCUCAGCGAAUUUGAUUAUUAUUCUAAAUGAAAUAAAAAAAAAUUAAUUAUCUAAAAUAAAAAAUCUCGUAAAUGAAGAAAUGUCCCUAGACUAAUUGCUGGAUAUAAAAUUACCCCCAGAAUCUAACACAAAUCUGAUCAGAUGUAUUGAACUGUGUUGUCUAAAUAAAAUAAAUAGCAGUAACUCAUAUAUAAAAAUGUCAUCCAUAAGAUAACGAAAAAAUUAUGUUUUCGCCUUCAUUAAUUUAAUAUAUUUUCGGGCUAGUUUAUAUUUAACUAUUGCAUAGAUUCGAGAAGAGCGUAAAGAAUCACCUGAGAAGAAGCUGUUCAGUAUCAACCUCCUUUUACUUUAUUAUAUUUUAUCCCCUAAUAAAAAAUGGAUAGUUCAGAAUAUGAAUUAGUCCGGAACCUUACACUCUUGUUCUUCUUCGAACGUCUUAUGGACAAAGGCGGUCCACGCACAUUGCACGAUCUCAGUUGUCAAUUCGGGGCCAAAGGUUUCACUAAAGAAAUGCGUCAAAUAGCAGGUGGUUCGCAAAGCGGCUUGCGUAAAUUUUUAGCUCAGUACCCCACUCUCUUUGUCAUCAACGGUGAUUACGUAUCCGUGAAUACAUUCGAACCAACUGUAGAACACGAUGCCGGUAUAAAAAAAGUAAACAAACGUGACUACGCAAAGGAAGCUGUUGAAUAUUUUACAAACAAACUCGUGCAGUAUGGAGUCGGAGCAGAAGUACCGAUUAAAAGUUUGUUAGGACACAGAUCGCAAGCAUCACCUGAAGUGAGACACAUUUCUGGUCAACACUAUCGCGAAUUUCGUGAUUUUCUUCUCAAGUAUUCCGAUGAUUUUAUCGUGUGUGACGAUAAUGUAAAACUGAAGCAGUUUGAAGGCAUGGAAGGAGUUCCGUUUAAAGAAUUGGAACCUGAGGUUCCUGUUGAUCAAGAAAUGACUUCCAAGUUAUUGGAUUUUUUUUGUCAAACUAUUAAACAAAAGGGGCCACUUUGUGUCGAACAGCUUUUGAGUCUAACUGCGGAAAAGUUGCCUGUCAAAAUGUGGACGAAUAUGUUCACUACUCCACAAGAUUUGACGACAUUUCUGAGAAUGUUUCCGGAUGCAUUUAAUGUUCAGAAACAAAUCGUUUCGUUGCAUGACAAAAUAAAAUUGCCAUCGGAUAUACAUCAAAAACCUGAACCUACACAGAUUGUAUUCAAAGAAAAUAUUAAUUCAGAGAAUUCUGGAGCGCAUAAUAAUUCUCACACCCCGAAAACUUCCGUCAGUGAUCAAAUCUUGCCGGCAGAUCAGAAUCCGGUUGUUAAUCGGAAUAGCGACACAGAGAGUGCUAUAGACAGUCUUUCAUCAAUUGAAUCGAACCCCCAUUCAUCACCAGUUAAUUUACAGCAACAAACUUUGAAACAGAGAAUUAAUACUCUAGUUAUGAAAACUUUGGCGGCUAAUACUGAAAAAGACAGAAAUUUGCACACCCCUCAGGUCGGCGAGGCGUGGAAAUUGAAAAUAUUACAAAAAACAAAAAUAAUUGUUAAUGUGAGAGAAUGCGGGCGUAUUAUUGAUGAAAUUUUGAACCCUCCCCGACUGCCAGCGGAUGAAAAAAUUGCCGUUUCAUUUGAUUGUGAGGGUAUUAAUGUUGGAUCAAAAGGUCAGCUGACACUUAUACAAAUUGGCACAAUGGAAGGGAAUGUUUUUAUCUUCGAUUUAUUUACAUCACCAAAUCUUAUAAAUAUAUUACGCAAACUUUUGGAAGAUCCCACAGUGAUAAAAGUAAUUCACGACUGUAGAUGUGACAGCGUCAAUUUAUACAAUCAAUUUGGGAUCACUUUAAAGAACGUCUUUGACACACAAGCAGCGCAUGCAGUCAUUCAAUUCCAAGAUACAGGAAAGCCUGUGGACAAAGUGAAAAAUGUUAAUUUUAAUACACUUUGCGAUUUGUAUGGAGCGCCAUGUAAUCUUUUAAAAAAUCAACUGAAAUAUAUUUAUCGUAAAGAUCAAAAAUAUUGGUUGCGCCGUCCUAUGUCUCGAGAUAUGCUCAUUUAUGCCACAAGUGAUGUUCUUGGACUUGUGCCUCAAGCAUUCACAGCCAUGUCAAAGCGGAUAAAUCCUGAGAUGCAAACGCUUUUCAAUAAUCUGUGUGAAGAAGCAAUACUGACACACAUAUCUCCUGUUGAAAUAAAAGCGCGCAAAAGGCAGCGGAAAAUAGAAACAGAGGUAAUAGAUCUUCGUAAAAAAAUGGAUGAAGCUACAGAAAAAAAUAUCGUAUUGAGUAAUCGAGAAAUUAGGCUUCUUCGUUACUUGUCUCUUACCGAAGAUGAGAAGGUGAAGUUGAAGUGCAGCUACAAAGUUGCAAAAAAACUUGAAAAACUCAAAAGUUUAUCUCACGAUAAAAAUGAGAGCACUGAUGAUGAUAAUGAUAACGAUAAUGACGAUGAUGAGAAUAAUGAUAUUGACGAUAAGGAUGAUGACAAUGAUUAUGACGAAUACUACGAAGAUGAUGAUAAUACUGAUGACGAAUAUGAUGAUGACAACCACAAUAAACCAAACCAAAAAUCUGUAUAUACUAAUCUAGAUAAUUGUAUAUACGAUAAUACUUCAUACGAUUGUUCAUCAUUGAGAUUAAAUCCAUUAACACUUACAGAAUCUAUGCAAAUGGUUGAUGAAAUUUUAUCAGAUGAAAAUAUGGAUAGAUUUGAAAAAAUAGAAAAACUCGAGAAUAUUCUUUCAUCUGUUACUAAUUUUACUCCAGACAAACUGUCAUCUAAAACUAUGUUUUCUGGUUCCGAAAAAUGUUCAUGUCUGUGUCAUGAAAUAUCUGAUCAACGACCCCAAGAACACAUCAUCGCAGCGGACGUAGGAUGUCAAACUCUAAGUACUGGUGAUAUUGUCAUCACUAGCUGUUAUUUUUUAUAACUAUAUUUCUUAAUUAAUUAUUAUAAUUGUUAUUGUUGUAGCGAGUUAUGACAAAUUAUUGAAAUUGU